AUGUCGGUUCUUCUCCAGACGAAUGUGGGGGAGAUUGUGAUUGACCUCUUCACAGACGACGCCCCGUUCUCGUCCUACAACUUCCUCAAGCUAUCGAAAGCAAAGUUCUUCAACAAUGUCGCCUUCCACAGAGUCGAGAAGAACUUCCUCGCGCACGCUGGCGCACCGGUCACGGCGGAUCCGCGCUGGAACGUGGCAGGGCUCCAACUCUUGGGGAAAGCCGGCGAAGAAGACCGACACGGCUGCAGCGUCUGGGGUAUACAGACCCUGGUCGAGAGCGGCGAGGUCUCUCUCCGUCUUCCACCCGCCGCGCAGCCUGCGGCGCCUCUGAAGACGGAGCGAGGCGAAAGCGCGCUUGCCCCGUCCUCGUCGAAGGUUCUCCAGCCCGCCUCUUCUCUUCAGCUGUCCAGCGAGGUCUCUGUGAAAGCAGAGCCGAGUGCUGCGCCCGUGUCUUCCUUCUCUUCUGGCGACGGCCGAGGCUCCUCGCCGGCAGAGAGCCGAGAGGACACAAAUCGUCCAGAGGUCUCCACAGGCCGUGUCGCUCCGAAGGCGCCUUCCCUCGUAGGGCGCACGUCGUUCUUCAGCUCAGUGGACUUUCUCAGCCACUCCUUCCCGAAGUUUCCUGACUUCGCUCUCCCGUCCUCUUCAGGCGCCUCGCGGCGCGCCCCACGCGCGCCGCCGACCGCCCGCUUCUGCCCAGACGAGGGCGAAGGAGACAGCAAGAUCAAGACAAGGAAACACGACGUGUGUGGGGUUGUGGGGUGGGUCCCCACUGGGGGGCGAGGGACGGAGAAGGACGGGGACGGAAACACCAGCGUUUUCUACAUCACGCUGAGAGACAAAAUCCCCUUCCUCGACGAAAGGAACCUCACCAUCUUUGGCCGGGUGGCGGAGGGCGUCGACAUCCUGGAAAAAAUCAAUCUGACCUUUGUCGACGACGACUUCGUCCCGCUAAGUCCGAUUCGCAUUUUGCAUGCGUUCGUGCUGGACGAUCCGUUUGACGAUCCUGCUUUCCUCGUCGACCGCUCGGUGGCGUCUCCUUUGCCUCUUGUCGAAGAAGUUGCGAGCGACGACGAAGACCUCGAUGAGGUUUUGGUUAUCGAGAAGAUCGAGAAGAAAGAGGCAGAAGCAAGAAAAGUGACGCUGGAGAUCUUGGGCGAUUUGCCCGACGCAGAUGCGAAGCCGCCGGACAACGUUCUCUUUGUUGCAAAGUUGAACCCUGUGACGCAAGACGAAGACCUCCAGACCGUCUUCGCUCGGUUCGGAGAUAUUUUGGCGUGUGACAUCAUUCGCGACUGGAAGACUGGUCGCAGCUUGCAGUACGCCUUCAUCACCUUCCGAGAGAGUAGCGCCUGCGAGCUCGCUUACUUCAAGAUGCAAAAUGUUUUGAUCGACGACAGAAGGAUCCACGUGGACUUUAGCCAGUCUGUGGCGAAGGAGUGGCAAAAGUACAAACAAUUUGGGAACCGCCAGAAGAGUGAAGACGGCGAAAAGAAAACCUCGGGUUUCCAACCUCGCAGCCUCCAGAAGCCGCCAAAUCCACUUGCCUCGUCUGCCUCUAUCUCUUCUCGUCCGGUCUCUUCUUCCUCAGGCGCGCCCGACUCCGCGCGCGGUUUCUCGGACGCAGCCGCGCCGUCGAGCGCCGCGCAGAGAGAGCGAGGACAGAGAGCGUCUGGGUGGGAUGAAGCAGAUACAGGAAGAGGCCGUGAGAGGGGCAAGGUGUUCCCUGCCAGCACGCCGCCCGCUUCCAUUUUCAAGAAAGGGGAAUGCAAGGUUUUCAUGGCCCAUAACUUAGCACGUCUCUUUCCGUCUUGA